AUGAAUUCGAAUAAUCAAGAAGCUCGUAUACUCCUUGCUAUCGAAGUUAUUCAUAAAGAUAAAAAAUUAAGCAUUCGAAAGGCUGCUAUGCUCUAUAAUAUUCCUCGUACGACUCUUCGACAUAGAAUGGAAGGUUUACCUCUUCGUACAGAAACUCGAGCGAAUCGUCAUAAGAUUACAGAAUUAGAAGAAGAGGUGAUUGUUCAAUAUAUACUCGAUAUGGAUUUAAGAGGAUUUCCACCUAAACUAAAGAAUGUGGAAGAUAUGGCGAAUGAUAUUCUCGAAUCGAGGGGUGCGAAACGCAUUGGGAAGCUCUGGGCGCAUCGAUUCGUAAAGCGUCGAAUCGAAUUAAAGACGCGUUUUAGUCGUGUUUAUGACUUUCAAAGAGCUCUUUGUGAGGAUCCUAAGCUUCUUGAAGAGUGGUUUCGACUAGUUGCGAAUAUGCGAGCGAAAUACGUAGUUCAAGGACAAGUUCAUCUCUUCAAUUGGUACACCGAAACGAAUCUUCCUGUGGAAUGGGCUAUUAAACCUACAUCUAAUGGGUGGACGAAUAAUGAGACGGGUUUAGAAUGGUUGAAACACUUCGACAAGCAUACUAAGAAUCGAAGAAAGGGCAAAUAUCGAAUGUUGGUACUGGAUAGGCAUGAAAGCCACGAAUCAGUAGCUUUUCAAGCAUACUGCAAAGAGAACGAUAUUAUAUGUUUACGUUUACCACUGCAUUCAAGUCAUUUAACUCAACCACUUGAUGUUGGCUGUUUUAGCAAUCUAAAACGUUCAUAUGGUGGUCAAAUUGAUGGAUUUAUCAAGGCAUAUAUCAAUCAUAUUUCGAAGGUUGAAUUCUUUAUAGCUUUUAAAGCUGUAUACGAGGAAUCAAUCACUUCUCAGAAUAUGAAAUCAGGAUUCCGAGGAACAGGUUUAAUCCCAUUUAAUCCUGAAGUUGUACUCUCGAAAUUAGAUAUUCGAAUUCGCACACCUACCCCCCCCUCUUUCGACCUAGAUCAAUGGAUCUCUCAAACCCCUCGCAACCCAACUGAAGCUCUUUCUCAAUCAACAUUAGUUAAAUCUCGAAUAACUCGUCAUCAAGCAAGCUCUCCUACACCUAUAUUCGAGACUGUACUAGCUCUAGCUAAGGGUACAGAGAGAUUAGCUCAUGAAAACACACUUUUAAAUACAGAGAUUCGUACACUUCGGACAGCAAAUGAAGCAUUAAACAAGCGUCGACGCGCGAAAAAAACCCAAUUACGUCAAGGAGGAGUGCUCACUGGACAAGAGGCUCUUGAUAUAUUAUCUCAGCAAGAGAUUGAUAUUCAGAUUCAACGCGAUGAGCAUCAAAAAGAAGGGAAUUCUAAUAGGGAAGCAUCUUCUAAUCGAUAUUGUAGUAAAUACAGAAAGACAGGACAUAAUGCAAGAACCUGUCAAAAUAAUGUAAUAGAUCCUAGAUUAUUAGAUUCUUAA